AUGGAUCAUCUAGACGACAAACGCCUCACAGAAUCCGCGAGGAAAGCUUCGAAAUUGUAUAAUGCGGUCGCGAUCAAGAGGAAACCGGAAAAAUCCAACUUGAAAGUUAUAUUGAGUGAGGAAAAUCGACCGGUUCAUGUGUUCAAGAAGCCUCGGGAGGUGUUGCCGGAGGAUCAGUUUACUGAGGACUUGCAGAAGAUUAUUGUCCGGGAUUAUUUUCCUGAGCUACCUAAAUUGAAGGUAAGUGUUUUUAUUCGUUUUUUUUAUUUUUAGGUAGAUAAAGAAAAUUUCUUGUCGAGAGGGAUAAAGAUGAUGAUAAAUUUAGGCUUGGCCCUUGUGAGAUAGUCUUCCUCUUGGUUGAAUGAUCCUCGAUUAAUUGUAUUAAUUUAGGCGCAAAAAGAAUACCUCGAUGCAUUGGAAUCAAAUGAUGUGGAAGCCCUUCGAAGGAUACAGAUGAAGUUCAGCGCUGACACUCUAAAUGGACCAGCCAAGACGGUUCGCAGGUAUAAUCCAGAAGAGCGGCGGUUUGAUGUCGAUACAGAAAUGGAAGUUAUUGCUAACGAAGAAGGCCGAAAUGAAGAGGAAGAUGCAAAUGUAAGUGGUUUGUUUUUUUGUUUUGUCUUUUAGAAGUAAUGACUCCUUUUUGACUUCAUUUGAUUGCUCGAAAUAACGUUUAUUCUUUUCAGAAACCGGGCCCAAGCAAUGUUGUUGAUAUUGAGAAGCAUACAGUCCAAAGUUUUGUUGAUAAUUUUGUCAGUGAAGAUACAAAAAGUUUCCAUGAUGUGUGUAAAGUUGACGAAGAGGCUCAUAGAAAGGUUCACAAUUGGAUUUACACCGCGGAAGAGAAGCAUAAUGAAGAAUUUGUCCGAAAAGCCAUCCCGAUGGCUGAAGAAGCAGAUAUUCAGAUGAUUGAAGCUAGGAAACCGAGUACGUAUUUUAUAGAUUCUGACUAUUCUAUUUUUUGUUUGUGCUGGGCUUGUUUUUGUCCAGUAUAAAUUAAUUUUUUUUUUGUUUAAAUUUGUAUUGUGUUAGGUGAUCAGAAAGAUCGACCAAACGGAUUGGACAAUUGGUCGUAUAAAGCCAAGAAUACGGUGCUUUUUAAUAUCGAAGGAGCUGCUCCCACGGCCAAGGAGUUUGUCGAACAAUUGAAAGCAAAUCAGAAGGUUAUCAACAAAAAAGCGACAAGAAUUGAUGUGAAAUCAGUGGGAUGGAAAGAACCGGUAAGUAUUGUAUUUUGUUAUUUUUCGAUUUUAGGCCAUUUAUCAUGAUGCUAUAUGCAAUGAAAGAGUUUUGAAAAUACAAUUUAUAUUGUUUUAGGGCUCCCAACAGUCCGCUGGCAAAUUUGUUGUCCCGAAAGUUGAUAUCUCCGGUCAAAUCGUCGAGAAGAGCAUGAGCCAUGGCGGAUUUGAGGCCCUCCCAACUCCGGAUCCAACACCGCAACCAGAAGAUUCUCCAUUUAUAACCUGGGGUCAAAUUGAUGGGACUCCCUUUAGAUUGGACGGCGGAGACAUGACCCCUGCACCAGAUGGAGCGCCCUCAUUCAAGCUCCCAGAACCCACAAGGAGAGAGAUCAUCGCUCAUGAAUUGGCGGAUAAAAUCAAGAAAAAUAAUCAGGCCAAGAGAGAGUUUUCUCAUCAAAUGACACAGAAAUUGAAGUAAGGAGAAUUUAAUUUAUGUAAAAUUAUUGGAAACAGUGCUGUAAUUUGGCCGAAAUAUGCUUCUUGGGAGUAAUUAUGUGGUCUGCUUUUCAGAAAUCAUCACACUCGCAUGUCGACUCUCAGCAGAAUGGCCAUGAUGUCUCCGGCCGCACAUAAAUUAGCCGAAACAAAGCUAGGAAUAAAAACAAAGAACACCGGAUUAAUAUCGAAGAAGACCCCAGGUUCGAUAAGAUUGACUCCAGCGUCAGCAGCAAGGAGUAUUACACCUUUGAUAACCAGGAAAACGGACAAAAGUGACAUGGAUAAUAUAUUCACGGAAGAUUUAUUGUCCGUAAGGUCGUCGGCGAGAGCCUCAGAAAGGCGGUUGUAA